UGACUAUCACAAGAAACAGAAUGCCCUCAGAGCACUUCAAAAGAAAGCUCUGGACAAGAAUCCUGAUGAGUUCUACUUUAAAAUGAUACGUGCAGAGGUCCAGGAUGGAGUUCAUAUAAUAAAGCAGCCAAAGGAUGAAGUGACCCCAGAACAGGUGAAAUUGAUGAGGACGCAGGAUAUUAAAUACGUGGAAAUGAAAAGAGUGGCAGAAGCCAAGAAAAUCGAGCGGCUGAAGUCGGAGCUCCAUCUCCUGGAUGCCGAGGGGAAGAAUCCCAACAAGCACGUGUUCUUUUUUGAUACCAAAAAAGAAGUUGAGGAGUUUGAUAUCGCAACUCAUCUGGAUACUGUUCCAGAGCUCGUAAAUAGAGUGUACAACCGACCGACCAUUGCAACGCUGCAGAAGGAGACAGUGAAAGGAGCUACUGAUCCUGCCCACUUAAAGAAAUUAGCCCAGCAAAGGAAGAAUCAGUAUGACCUCCUGAAGCAGCGCAUUGAAAGAGAAAAGGCCAUGUUUGUUGUUACACAGAAGAUCCAGACACGUAAAGAUCUUUUGGACAAAACUCAUAAAGUAAAGGUGAAGAAAGAGACAGCAAAUGGUCCAGCUAUCUACAAAUUCAAAUUUCAGCGGAAACGUUAACCAUUCCAUUGAAUAUUUGUUACCAUCUCUGCAUAGAAAGAAGGAGGAUCCACCUUAUGAAGGAGGACUGAUGCACCGCAUCAAUUUGUUCUUCACUGCAGCCUUGCACUUUGUUACCACAAAUUACUGUGGGCCUGCAGUAGCCAUAAAUAUAUUGUAUCUAAUUAAUUGAUUAAUAAAUCAGAGAGUUUGUUCUCUUGGUAUUUACAGCG